AUGGUAGUCACCAAAAGUGGAUUCGCUGUUGUUUUGGUGGACCCGGCGACGAAGACUCCGUUCAAGGAGCACGAAAGCAAAAGUGGCGAAUACUUUGUUGAAGCCGAGCCAGAAGCUCAAUAUUUCCUUUGUCCUCAGGUCCUGAGCAAACCCGGAAGGGACGUAAAUGAAAAGUUUAUCGUCGUUUUUGCAAUCGAUGGAAAAAAACUUGGCUACACACUUCCAAGAUCUUCCAAGGACGGCCCAAAAGAAUGCGGCAGGUUUUUGCGGGAGAAUGGACAUGGCGCACAUGAAGCUUUGCAAUUCAAAACAGCUCGACUUUCGACGACCUCUGCAGAGUCGGCAUCAGCGGCAGGCAUGAUAGGAACGAUAUCCGUUUCGUUUUAUACUGCAAUCUGUGUUGGAGAGCGAACAAAACACGACUUCCAGGGGAAGAUCCCCACUGCUUCUUCUGAAGUUUUGGCCGUGGACGGCCGACUUGCCGGAAAAUGUGUUCGCUCUGGCCAGGGCUCCUACAUCCAGGCGAAUCCAAGAACAAAGAGUGGUGCGCAGAAGUCUUAUUCUUAUCGCAAGGGGGUGCACUUGGAAACUAUCCACCUGAAGUAUUGCACUGCCUUGGGUUUGAUUGAUGCUGGUAUUUUGCCACGACCUCCGAUUUGGGAAUACGCUCGUCUGAAGAAACGUGGGCGGGAUGAGCCUGUAGACCCCGAUCUUGUCAACGUUCGACUGAAAAUAGAAAUUGUGGAUGCAGUUGUUCGAAAUGGGUCCGUCAUUUCUCCAGCAAAGGCGAUCGAUUACUUCGACCUCAUGCUCUGCAACGAUUGCUCGGAGGACGAGGCAGAAGAAGAUGAAGAUCACGACGAACUCCAUAGCGACGACGACGACGAUGAAGAAGAAGAACCCUUGAAGAACAAUGCUUUGCGAAUCAAGUUACCCUCGCUCAACGCAGCAAAGAAGAACCCUUGA